AAAUGAACAAAAAUGCUUUCAAAUUUUUCAUUUUCUGCUGUAGUUUUUCUUUUUUUGUUCAAAUCAUUUUCACAAGUCUAAUUAUUUAUCUUUUUCAAUUUCAUUUCAAACCCAAUAGUUUCCUAUUUUUUGUCAGAGGCAUCCUUUCCCUUCUCUUGAGUAAUGGCUUGCAUAACCAUUUUCUUUUUCUUUUUUUUUCUUUUUUUUUUGUAUUCUCCGACUCAGUUCAAUUUUUCUGUCUUCCUGAUUAACCGCUUUUUUUUCUCUUGACGCUUAAAUUCCUUCCCAAAGCAAUAUCGGUCACCAUCCAUCAUAAUGGAAGUUCCCAUCGUCGAAGAUUCCAGCACCUUUCAAGAAUCCCCCGAGUCUCUCCAACUCAUUGAAGCUGCUAAGCAAUUGGACCUAGCAAAGGUCCAAGAGAUGGUUAAUCAGGGAGCUGUCACUGCUGCUUUAGAUGUUGACAGCGGUAAAAACGCUUUGCAUUUCGUGGCCUCCAGCGCUAAUGCAGAAACCGAAAAAAAGGCUGUAGAACUUGCUAAAUGGAUGUUAGCUAAUGGAGGAACUUGGAAUGGCAUCGACAGAUCUGGUGAAACACCCGGCUGUAUCGCUCGUCGCAAAAAUUUAAACGAACUCUAUGAGACAAUUGUCGAUGCAGGCGUCCGCUGUGAAUUACUUCUCUCCCUUAUUGAAAGAAAAGACAGAGUCAAUGAGCGUCUGGACACCAAUGAAAAAUAUUUACAAAGCACCCUUUCAUAUACGCAACCUACUGAAGACAGUACUAGUCUUCUGGACAGCGACGCAAAUGCUGUCAUGAUGUCUUGGGAAAAGAAAAUCAUGCAGCGUUCUGCAGAGAUUAUAGCUCCUAAGCCUGGUUGCCGUGUCUUAAAUGUCGGGUUUGGAUUGGGCAUUAUCGACUCUUUUCUACAAGAAAGGCAGCCAUCUAUGCAUGUAAUUAUCGAACCCCACCCCCAUGUACUAGCGUUUAUGCGGAAAACCGGUUGGAUGGAUCGCCCAAAUGUUGUUGUUUACGAGACUACUUGGGAAAAUGCCAUUCAGGAUAUCGCUUCCAAAUACGUCUUUGAUGGUAUCUACUAUGACGCCUUUGCUGAAAGCUAUGAAGAUUUACGAAAUUUUUUUGACUCUGUAGUUGGUAUUUUAGAUCCUGAUACUGACUCUAAAUUUUCCUUCUUCAAUGGCUUAGGCGCUGAUAAUCAGACUUUCUACGAUGUUUACAAAAAGUUAGUACCUAUCGAUCUUGCCUCCUUUGGCUUUAACUGUACCUACGAAGUUAUGCCAACAAGUAGUACAGAGAACGAAUGGGAGGGUGCAAAGCGUCGUUAUUGGAAUGUCGUUGAUUAUUUUCUUCCCAUCAUUACAUUCGACUUGUAGACUUGUAAAGCCGAAAGAUGAUAAGGACUUAUGUUUUGAUAUUUUAAAUAAAAUAGGGUAUGCACGGUUCAUUUUCGCUGAGUGUAGUCAUUGCAAAUGAAAAGAAGGAUCAGUUUAUUGUAUAGAUAGUGUAAGUCGCUGGAUGCUAUACUCCAUAAUCAGAGUUUAUAGAACAUGAAC